AUGGAAGAAAUUUUAGUUGUUAAACAAUCAGUUCCAACUAAAGAAUUUAGUUUAGAUCGUAUUUGUCAAGCAAAAGGUUUAAGUAAUAUAAAACAUAUUCUUCGACAAGCAUUAAGACGUUAUAAUAGUUUAGAAAAAUCAUUUAGUUUAUCAGUUGAUUAUCGUGCUAAAGCGCAACUUUAUAUUCAAUAUAAUGGUUCAACUGAAGACAAUAUUGCUGAAUUAGAUUCACAAUCUGUUUUAGCUAGAUCAACAAAUAAAAUUCCUCCAGCUUUAGUUUUAGCACGAGAUAUUCGUUAUUCAACAUCAAUUCGUUCUAAAGCAAUUCUUUCAUUUGUCGGAACAAUUAAACCUGAAUGGGUUGAGCGUCCAAUAAAACGUCAAUUAAAAAUUAAUAAUGAAGAAGAAGUACGUCUCAAUAGUAAUAAUAUAAUAUCUAAGUUCAGCAUGGAAUAUACUUAGAUUCCGUCGUUAUUGAGACAUUUCAUUUCUGAGUUAAGAGACAGUCCUUGGCUGAAUCGAGCAUUUGUAAUAUAGGCUGUCAGACAAAAAAAUUUUGACAUAGGCUUUUUAUUAUUCAAAAUGAAAGAGCAU